AUGUUCUGGGGAUUUUCAGAAGCUCUCGAUUUCGUGCACGAGUACAAAAAACUGCUUCCUGAGGACGAGCCACUUCCCGAAUCGUUGAAUAUUUUACUUUUUGGAGGCGGAGAUCCUCGGCAUGUGUUGGCGACGGCAGCAAAACUUUGCGAAAACCCCAAACUAACUGUGAACUUGUAUUGCGUCGAAGGAUGUAUCGAACUGAUCGCCCGUCAAAUGCUCCUGGUAUCGAUCGCAUUCGAGGAUCCGGCACUGCUGUCCGUGAAGGGAAAAACGCACCUUUUCAUGGAUCUGUUCGGCAACACGCUGAUUCGUCCCUUUAGCACUGCCUACUUGAAUGGCAAAGCAUGCGUUUUAACCAACAUCGUCACCGAUCCGGAAUACGCUCAACGGUAUGCUCCGAUAUUCGUCCUGGACGCACUGAAAUACAAGGAGCUCGAUCAGCUGGAAAAUGUGUUUCGAUUCUGGACAAACGGCCCGCAGCAUGUGUUCAAUAUUGCGCGAUACUGGGACGAUCGUAUACGAGUGCAGAUGGGCGAAAGGUACGAUAACCGGAACGGGGCUUUCGAUUGGGACCUUCAGAUGCGGUUGCGUGAGAACGGUGCGAAGCAAAUUUGUCCACAAGAGUACAAGCACUGGCGUGAAUCGGGUGUAGCGUUUACGUUUCCCGAGUACGAACAGAGUGACCCGAACAAAACGUUUGCCGUUGGGUUAGUGCGCAACGGAAUGGCUUACCACCACCGUGGAUCCGUGGGCGAUAAUGCAACCGGGCCGUACAUUUCAUUUGGGCAACACGCUCCCGAAGAGCGGCUGAUACGUUCAAAACACGGUGUAAAUGAUUUUCGUUCGACAGACAUCACCGAACGGAACGUGCUGCAGAUGGUGUACGAAAUACAGGAGAGACAACCGUAUCGGUUCGAUCCGCGCGACAUUCAUCAGUUCGGAGCACACCAGCUAGACGUGGGAAAGAGUCUCAACAAAUAUGAGUCACGCACAGACCCGUUACACGCCGUAAGCUACGAUGCGAGCCCAUUGCUGGAAUGCAACAAUCUAAAGCUGCACUUUCUUUCCGUCGAAGACGUUCUACGGGUGCAAGAGGGCGAUAAAUUUUCGAAUCGGUUCGAUGCUGUUUUUGUGGCAUCCAACUACUUUUCGCUUCUGAAGGAUGGUUUCGCACGCUCGUGGAAGGAAAGGUGUUUGCUGUGCUGCGAAACUCGUCAAUUGACCACAUUCAGUAAGGAAGAAAUUAACACUCAUAAUGAGGCGAUAAAAAUGUGGGCAAAACGGAACGCUCUCCAGCCGGUAACGAACUUUUCGAUAAACAAAAAUCACGCCGUGCUCAUGUACAAGCACCUCGGAUAG